UAUAAUAAUAAAAUUAGUGAGUUACUAAUAUACAAAGAAAAGGCUCUUGUUAAGUUUAUAUAUAUAUAUGCGAGUUAAAACACUAGCAAAAUAUCUAUGUUUAAUUUAAAAGUAAAGUAACAUAGUACUGAAAUUAACAAUGAAACCAAAAGUGGACGAAGUAUUGCUUGUCGAUGAUACAAGUUCCGAUGAAGAGCAAGAGGCAGCAAAAAACAAUAUUAAAGUUCAAACUGAGACCGACGAAGAAUUGCUAUGUACAGAUAGAAAAAUUAACAAAGAUGUCAACACUUUAGCGUGUAUAAAUAGUGAAUCAGAUACAGAAGAUGAGGUCAAACUUUCUAAAAGUAAUAAGAAGGAUGUAGACACUUUAGUACACAUAGAUACUAGUGACAGUGAAUCAGAUUCGUAUCAUAAUUUGGACAAAGAAAAGCCAUCAACAUCAGGGGUUAGACGACGCCAUUUACCUUGUGAUAGUAGCAAUUCUAUGCAUUUAGAGGACCACAGUCCAAGCUUCCAUGUAAGAUCUCGCACUACAGCCAUAGAGAAUGUCCAAAGAAAUUCGAAUAGCAUAUAUGAAAGUUUAGAUUAUGAAGUAUGUGAAAAUAAACUUUACCGAAAUGCUCAAAGAAAAUCUCAAACUAGACGUUUUCAUCUUCAGAGAGAUAUUUUACGUUGGAUUAUUUUUAUAAAAAUUGGUGUAAUAACUGCAUUAGUAGCUUGUGUUAUUGACAUUAUAAUUGAAGCAUUAUCAACACGAAAAUACGAACUCCUCAAAAAAUCCGUUGAUGCAAAUGUACCUAUUUCCACUGGUAUGGGUGGGGAUUUAGUUAUACCAUACCUUUUAUGGAUGACUGUUAGUGUGAUACCUGUUGCACUGGGCGCUACUUUGGUAACAUAUAUAGAGCCUAUAACAGCUGGUAGUGGUAUACCACAGGUAAAAGCAUAUUUAAAUGGCGUCAAAAUACCAAGAAUUGUUCGGAUCAAAACACUAGCCGUAAAAGCCAUUGGUGUAAUCACAUCUGUUGUCGGUGGCUUAGCUGGCGGAAAGGAAGGACCAAUGAUACAUGCAGGUGCUGUUGUAGCUGCUGGUAUAUCGCAAGGAAAAAGUACAAGUUUUAAUAUUGAUAGCGGCAUAUAUCAAGCUUUCCGUAAUGACCAUGAGAAACGUGAUUUUGUUCUAGGAGGUAGCGCAGCUGGUGUAGCUGCUGCCUUCGGCUCUCCUAUAGGUGGAAUGUUAUUUUCACUUGAAGAAGCCGCUAGUUUCUGGAAUCAAAAUUUGAUUUGGCGUACUUUGAUUGCAUCGAUUAUUAGUUCAUUUACUUUAAAUAUUGUUUUAUCGGCUUAUCAUGGAUUAAAUAACUUCACUUUUACUGGAUUAUUUAACUUAGGUCAAUUCGAUCAACCGCUGACUUUUGAAUAUUUCGAAUUACCUAUAUUUUUAUUAUUGGGUGUAUCUUGCGGUCUAUUGGGCGCUAUUUGGAAUUCAAUAAAUACAAAAAUCAAUCGUUUUCGAAGUCGCUUUAUUAAAUUUAAGUUUGCUAAAGUUGUAGAAGCAGCAUUUGUUGCAUUAAUGGGAGUAACAUUAGCAUGCACAUCGAUUUAUUUUAUAAACGAUUGCCGACAAUUAGGAAAUGAUCCUACUGACUAUCCUGUGCAGUUGUUUUGUGAUGACAAUGAGUAUAAUGCAGUGGCUGCACUUUGGUUUCAAACGCCGGAAGCAACUGUCAGAGCACUUUUCCAUGAUCCUCCAGGCUCACAUAAAAUACUGACAUUAACUAUUUUUACAAUCAUAUAUUAUUUCCUAUCUUGCUUUACUUUCGGCUUAAAUGUUUCAUUGGGAGUAUUCAUACCAACUGCACUUGUAGGUGCUGCAUGGGGAAGACUUGUUGCAGCUAUAUUUUACUAUCUCUUCCCACAAGCUCACUUUUUAAAUCCCGGAAAGUAUGCGUUAAUCGGAGCUGCAGCAAAUUUGGGUGGCGUACUUCGUAUGACAAUAAGUCUUUCCGUUAUUUUAAUGGAAACAACUGGAGUUGAAACUUCAUUCUUUUUCCCGCUCAUUUUAACGCUCAUAAGCGCUAAAUGGGUAGGCGACUAUUUUAAUGAUGGCCUUUAUGAUAUACAAGUAAAAAUCAAUAAUGUCCCGAUGUUGCCAUGGGAACCACAACCCAAAUAUAUGGGUUUAAAAGCAGCGCAAAUUAUGAGCUCACCAGUGAUCUGCUUUCGCUUACGCGAGAAUGCCAAAUAUGUUUUUGAUGUUUUAAAGAAGUGCAAUCAUAAUGGAUUUCCAAUUGUGGAAGAUGUGAAUGAAAGAGAACGUACACCCUAUAAUGAGAGUGAUAAGAAAGUAAACGCUGGAGUGCAGUGUCAAUUAUUACCAAGAAAUACGACGAAUUUAAUUUCAUCAAAGCAUGAACAAAAAUUUGAUAUAAGCAAUGCCAUAGCACGUCGUCGAUUUGUUCGAAGAGUUUAUGCUUUAUUAAUUGUAAGUAUAUAUAGAUUAUAA